AUUUGGAGGCUGAUACGACGAGCAGGGAAUCUGACCCAUCGGUGAACCCUUUGAUUUAAACUGGCUGCUCGACUACCUUUACCCACAACACGACGGGAGGCGGCCACCAAAUUUCCAGCGGCUAUGCAACGUCCCCCCUAUCCUUCGUACUGCACUAUACAGAGCUUAAGGCCUCCGAUGAAGUACGUCGGUCCCCGCGAGUACCAUUCCUGCUCGUCUGGUGCAUAUAUACAUGGUUUUACUUUCCGAAAUGGUCACAUUGACGGUUUUGUCGAGGUCCAUAAUCAUUAGUCCAGCGGGUACGGCCGUUAUGAUUCUCCUCCCACUUACGAGGCCGCCAAGGACACGAAGAGCUCUUCCAGGAAAUCUAGUUUCUACUAGUUACAUUCACCAUCUGGUUUUCGUUUUACCCUUAUACUCAAGUCCUUAUGGAUGUUCUCCGCUCACUAAUAACGGGGGAAUAGUGUAUAGGGGAAGACCAUGGCCCCCUUGGCAAGUGAGGCCUCUACCCAACAGAGAUGUAUCUUUGCUUGCAGCACUCGGCCACUCAAGCCUAGGCACGAGUCCCAUGGGAGCAUACAUAGGUAUCACAAGGACAUCCAAUGCAAUGUCCAGCCCAGGAACACCCAGUCUGACAACGAGGAGGAUUGCCACCUCCGACAUGGCAUUGGCCCUUGGGGUUAUUCUUGGGGUAAGUGUGCUUCUUGUGGCAAGUCCCCGAUAUCCAAAGUGCCGUUGCUACAACAUAGUUAGUCGGUGGACAAACGUCACUUCAACAAGCAGCGCUUGAAACUCACAGUCCACGGUCAGAUUCAUAGCCGGAGAUUGAAUCACAGCCUGUGCCACUUCCGGCGUAAGGGCAUAUUCACAGUCGACCUGCGAUUGGCCGCCGUUAUUGGCGUCACCGAUGAAGAUAUCGAUGUGUUUCUUGCCGUUUUGCCCAUCGUCGAUAUAUGUGGCGCAAUCAUCCUCCAUACGCAGAUACUUCUUCAAGUAGGCUGAAUACACGAUCUCGCAGACCUUAUAUCGUCCCAAUUGUGAAGAUGUGUUAACAUGGUGUUUUCGACCUUACGUAGCUCAAUUACACUGCUUCAUGGAUGUGAUCCUUUAUCAAUUUCUAUCAAUCUGCCUU